AUGAAUCGUAACAGCUGUAUCAAGGAAUAUACAAAGUUACUCAUACCACUUAUGAUUGAAGAAUUAUAUGAAUUAUUGCGCGAAAAAAAGAAGCGUGUGUGGACAAGAAAAUGGAUUGCAAGAAGAUCAGAAUUUGGUGCUAGUAGCACACUUUUUAGAGAAUUGCAGUGGGAACUUUUGAGAAUGGAUGUAGAGCAUUUCAAUGCAUUAUUGGAAAGUGUCACUCCAAUGAUACAAAAAGAAAAUACUGUCAUGAGGCAAGCUAUACCUGCAAGGAUUAAACUACAGGUGGCAUUAACAUAUAUUGCAACAGGACUCAGCUACCGGUAUUUACAAGCCUUCUAUAGAAUAUCUCGAGCUGCAAUAUCGUUACUCCUACCAGAGGUAAUGGAUGCAAUAUAUGUCUAUUUGAAAGACUAUGUAAAGGGCACGAACAGUGUUGUGCUUAUGGCUGUUGUUGACCAUGACUACUGUUUCCGUUAUGUUAAUAUCGGAGCAAAUGGAAGAAACUCGGACAGUGGAAUUUUCAGAAAUAGCGCAUUAUACAGCGACCUUGAAAACAAUAUGCUACCAACAGGUGGUUUUUUAGUUGGUGAUGUUGCUUUUGCACUGAAGAGAUAUUUAUUGAAACCAUACAGUGGCACAAACCUCACAAGAGUACAAAAAAUAUUUAACUAUCGAUUAUCCAGAUCACGUAGAAUAGUCGAAAAUGCAUUUGGCAUCCUAACAAGCAGAUUUAGAAUAUUUCAAAAACCUAUACCAACUGACGUCAACACAACCAAUAACAUUAUUCGAGCCUCAUGUGCUCUGCAUAAUUGGUUGCGCCUAACAAGUCCCAGUUGUUACUUUCCAAAGGAUUGCGUGGACGUAGAAGAUAUUGACUCUGGAACAAUUGUUGAAGGGACUUGGGGACGAGAACUCAUAGCCACCUUGCCAUCUAUCACCGAUCACACUACCAAUAAUUCACCACGAAUAGCAAGAAAUCUCAGAGACAAGUAUGCCGAAUACUUUAGUGGAGCAGGUGCUGUUGUAUGGCAAGAUAGAAUGAUUUCAUAG